AUGAGUUACAACUCCCAACAGAAUGUCAUCAAGCAAUGCUCCGAAAACACUUCGGUGGCAUACACAACAACCUGGUUCUAUUCCACAGACAAUCCCGACUUUACCGUCUGCUCAAGAUGCUAUACCGAUAAAAUCAGUCAUACACCAUUUUUUGGUCACUUUCAAUCAGAAAAACUAGCACCGCAUCCUAAUAGACGCUGUCUCUGGAAUACGAAGCGAAUGGAAGCACUCAUCGGCUAUGGUCUACACAAUAACAACUGGGAAUCAAUCCGCCAGUACAUGAUUCACAGAGGCAAAGUCCAGAAUUGCACAGGACCCGGUAACCCUGUCGCAUUGUCGACCAGCACCAAUCGUUAUCGCUGGUACAGACCUAGAAACAACGAAAUCGAAGGCUUUGUAUGCUGUGAAGGUUGCUACGAGGAUGUGGUGUCUGCAACCAACCUCCGGGAUAGGUUUAUACUAGACAACAACGUUGUCAAUCAUGGUAACCAGGCAAGUUGUGACAUCUGCGUUCCUUUUAUGAAGAAAUGUCUCCUGGAACAUGCACCGUCCCAGAAUUGGCCCACCUUUGUUGAAUGGGCAACUGCACGACUCAAAGUCCCAGCCUGCAAGGACCUUCAGGGAGCGGCGUGUUCCUCUACGCUUUGGUACAUGCCUCAUCCACCAAUGCACAACGUCCUGGUGUGUGGUGCAUGUUUCCACGACGGCGUUGAUCUUACGCCAUUGGCAUCGAGUUUCUCGCAAGUUGAGAUCCCUUCCAAUCGACGAAACGAGGUGUGGGAAUGCGCAAAUUCCCCGACCGUGUUGGCCAUGGCUGUUGCUUGGAACGAGGCUUGCGACAAGAAAAACCUCGACAUCUGGCAAAACGCAGCACGAACAAUUCCAAACUUGCCGGUAUGUACGAAAGAAGGAAUCCAAAAUGUCAUGUGGUAUACUGUCAACGGAUGUCCCAACUUCGCAAUCUGUGCUAGAUGCUAUAUUGGAUUGGCGCAAACGUUUGGAAUGGGUGGAUAUUUCCAGCAAAUUAAUGGCCCAACAGAUGGAUCAGCGUACAUCUGCGAUUUCCAUCCAAGUAUACCCCGAGCACACAGCUACUUUGCGAAAUUCGACGAGGCAGUAGCUCUCCAGGACUUUUCUAUCUUCACGAAUUUUGCUGUGAGAUUUUCCGCAUUGCCAGUCUGUCCGAAAGAUGUCCCAUAUGUCAAUCGUGGAUGGUAUUGCGGCGAAGAAGCCACCAUCUGUGGAAGCUGCUACGAAGAAGCAUUCCGAGACACCAAACUUGCACACACCUUGACCCCUCGCGAACGCCCCGAUGAAUGUAUGUGCGACGGCUACUCAGCCCGAAUGCGCGGUAUAUGGAACAAUGCCUGCGCCGAAAACAACAUCCAACCCUUCAAUGUCGCCAUCCGCGAAAGAAUGCAAGUCUAUCAAGCAACCGUCCCCCGAAUGCGCCAAAUCCUCGAAAUCACAAAGAUAAGAAUGAACACACAAGCAACCUUGUUCAUGUCGUCCAUCAUGCUGCAAGGAGCGAAUAACAUCUCUGUAGCAGCGUCGAAUCAUCAUUCACAUCAGUAUGGUAAUGCACAACUGGGAUGGUAUGAGACCAGUGCUGGUGCGCAAGGUGCGGCGCAGUUUCAGCAGGCUCUGAGUAUGAAUGUUACGCCGACAGGUGAUUUGGCAGAGAUGUCGCGGUUGGGAGCUAUUUGGAAGCAGUAUGAAUAG